AAGUCGAUGUCUUGGUUAGAAAGACUGUGUCUGGUUCGAUCAGGCAAAGACAGAGUUUCUAUCAGAAAAUGGAAGGGUUCCCCUCAGAUUCUGUUAUUCCGGUCUUCAUAGAAGUUUCCCAAUAAGGAAACCAAGCUAGUCCCACUACUAAUCUAGCUAACUCCGGAGUCCGGACUAUAGAAUUUUUAGUUGAAUCACCACCUUCACCUAUUUCAAACCUAACAGUCUCUGAUCGACCCAAGCUCUAAAUUUCCCAACCUUCUACUUUCCCCAGUAUCCCCACAUAUGAAACCAUCACCUGACCAAAGCCAUGUAUAUAAAAACAAGAAAACACCCAGAUGGAGAACACAAGCAGCUUGCUACUGAACUUUGAGGCAGAGAUGGAAGAUCAGCAACCAAGUCUAAGCCCGGCAGCGCGUCUGUUUCACUCACCAAAGUUCAUCUGCUAUAUUGUCAUAAGAAUGGGGUGCAGCAUCAGGAUCAAUCCUGAAGUAAUCAGCGCCGGCUUGAAGGAAACCUUGUAUAAGCAUCCUCACUUCUCUAGCAAAAUGGAUAAAAAAUUAUGUGGUAAAAAGAUAUGGAUAUACAACUUUCAAUAAAUAUGGAGGACCAUGUUAUUGUUCCAAACAUGGAUUCAGAUAUGGAGGAUGCAGACCAGUUUGUUAGAGACUACAUUUCGCGCCUUACUACAAGCCCUCUUGGCCUUUCCAAGCCACUAUGGGAAGUCCAUAUCCUCAAUGUCGACAAAACCUCUGAUGCAGAAGCCGUUGCAGUGAUUCGGAUUCACCACUUGAUGGGGGAUGGCGCAUCCCUCAUGUCAUGUCUACUAGCUUGUACCAGAAAAACAUUGGACCCGGAUGCAUUGCCUAGUGUUCCAACCAAGAGGAAACAUGAGGGUGGUUCUUCAAGUGAUUCGAGCGUAUUCUGGUGGUUGUUGAUGGCUAUUUGGUUAGCAGUAACAUUGAUAGGAAACACUCUUGUUGAUCUUGGGCUGUUUGUUGCCACAAUUCUGGUUUUGAAAGACACCAAGACUCCUAUUAAAGGUCCACCUGGGGUUGAGCUUACUGCCAAGCGGUUCUUGCAUCGAACGGUUAGUUUGGAUCACAUCAAGCAAGUGAAGAAUGCUAUGAAACAUGGUAUGUUAGUCGCACAUACAUAUUUCCUUAUAGUUUUAGUAUUCAAUGGAUCUACCAAACUGGGUUCAAAUUCAUAAUGAUGGAUAAAUAUGCAAGUAGAUGUCAAGACCUAUUUUGGGUGAAAAUGAAUAACCUACCGCUGUUUGGCUGACUCUCUACUCUCUAUGCUCAUAAAAGAUAUUAACAAAGACGUUGGGGUUGAUCUAAGCAUGGUUUCAACUUCAGAAGUAACUGAAACCAUAACAAUUGGUCAUGCCAUUAUAAAGUACGUAGUUGAGGAGAGCCAUCUACUCAUGGGAUUGUUUCAAACAUCUGACAAGACUCAUAUUUAGUUGCUGUUUAAAUUUUACCAGACCAUGAAUCUUGUAUUGGGAGUCACAGAAGCGGGUCUAUCGCAAUAUUUGAACUGCAGAUAUGGUAAGAUCUCUUGGUCUAAUUCAGCAGAUUAUAUCAGUGUUCUAUAACUAUUAGCUGAGUCACCAGUACCAUAUUUUCUCUCUCUUUUCACUUGGAAAACGACUUGGAAAUUUUCAGAGAAAGUUCCAACUCCC